AUGGCUUCGUCUAAACCUCCACAAACUACCCUUGUAUUUGAGAAUUUACCUAAUGAGGCAAAUCUCAACUUAUGGUUGAUGGGAAUAGAUACCCAAUUUUUCAAUAUCAAUAAUAUAUUUCGGGGUAUAAAGCUUAUACCGGCAGGGAUCCAUUUAUUUCACUAUUCAAUUCCCCCCGGUAAUGGAACCAUAAACGACAAUGAAUUACCUUCGGAAACAAUAAUAUCCUCUAGUUCACGUUUAGGUUUUUGGUUUGACUGUAAAGAUAAUGAUGUGUUAAUAUUACGAUGGGAUGAUGCUUUGGAACGACUCAAUAUUAUCAAUCCACAUAAGGAUGAAGAACAAUUGAAUUAUACUAAAUGCUUGAAUAGCAUUGGAGAUAUUUACUCGUAUAUGGUGAGUUAUCCAGAAGAUGCUCUGAAAUGGUUGAAUACAUCCAUCAGCUACAUCGAUUUUGAGGUGAUCCAAGAGUUUUUGCCUUGUGAUAAUGACAUGUAUUCGGGAGAUAUUACAUCAAUGAUGCCUUCUAAAGAAGAGAAUAUGGUUCUACUAGAUGCGCUCGAGAAAGUUAAUCCUCAAGCAUCAUCUUCGUUGGAGGAUCAAUCUGACAAAGAAUUGAGAUAUACAAUAAUACAAUUCAAGAUUAAUAAAGAAAAUACGGAGUCUGUGGAAGAAGUAACUGAAAAUUAUUUAGACAAGUCAUGGUAUUUGAGUCAGUUAUAUGGUAAUGACAUUGAGUUGAUGUUUGGGGAGUUGCAGCUAUCAUUCAUAAAUUUUGUCAUACUCGGAAAUUUUUGUUCAGGGUUGCAAUGGCUAAACAUAAUAAAAUUGAUUCUGAUGAGUAAGAACUUUAUGAAAUCAAGUCAAAAAGUAGCAUUGGAUUUUUUGACCAUAUUUCAACACCAUUUAGACAAAUUGCCAAAGGAAUACUUGAUCGAUGAUCUUGCUCUCAACAAUCUGCUUGACUUGCAGACAUACGUCUCAGUAUUAGAAAAUUUUGCCAGAGAUAUGUUCCCAAAAGAUACCUGGGAUCUUAAUGGUUGUUGUGGUAAGAUGAAACUUUCGGGAUUCAUCAAAGAGAAGUGGCAUCGUAUACUAGAAAUUAACAAGUCCAAGUUCAAUAUCGAUUUUGAGAAGCUAGACAAGAACCGCACUGAUGAAAAUCAAAUCGAAGUUUAUGACUUGAACGAUUAUGACGAGAAUGACGAAGAUGCCCCUGCGAUAGUGGGAUGA